CUCAGUCUCUCACUUUGUACUCCCAAGUUCAUCUACCCUUAAACAUGGAUAUAGCUCUCUUUUCUCCGUCUUCCCUUUUUGCCGACGACGACGAUACCUCUAAUGGUAGAGAGGAAGAGACCAAGGAAACCGAACAAAACUAUGUGGAGAGGAGGCACAGUUUUCCUGGAAUGGAGUUGCUCAUCAGAGAAUUUUCUUUUCACCAGUUGAAUGCUAACUUGCUCUGGCCAGGGACAUUUGCAUUUGCAGAAUGGUUAGUUCAACAUAGGUCACACAUAGAAGGACGUCGAUGCAUUGAAUUGGGCAGUGGCACAGGAGCUUUGGCUAUUUUUCUUCACAAAUCAUUUAAUCUUGAUAUCACAACCUCAGAUUACGAUGAUCAUGAAAUUGAAGAGAACAUAGCUCAUAACUGCCGUGUUAAUGGAAUCACACCUACCCUUCCUCAUAUAAAGCAUUCAUGGGGGGACACCUUUCCUGUUGCUGAUCCUGAUUGGGACUUGAUUAUAGCUAGUGAUAUCUUAUUAUAUGUGAAACAAUACUCCAACUUGAUAAAAACUCUUUCCUUUCUACUCAAUUCCUACAAGCCAAAAAAUGACACCGCAAUCAUAGCAAACGAACAGAGUGGAGGAACAUGCUUGGGGAUGCCCAGGCCAGCAUUUUUGAUGAGUUGGAGACGUAGGAUUGGCAAGGAGGAUGAAUCCCUAUUCUUCAAUGGUUGCGAGGUUGCUGGACUUGAAGUUAAGCAUCUUGGAUCACGCGUAUACUGCAUAAAACGUAGAGAUCUGCAUCCAGAAGACAGAAUAGAAUUGACAGUUGAAACUACUAUGAGGUAGAAGGUAGCAGAUGUUCCUGGAUUCUCUUCCGCUGUUCAGUGCAUAAAGGCAUUGUAUUUGCAAUAAAUCUUUUUGUUCUGUUCUGUGCUGCAGUGUCCAUUUGAAGAAGCUGUAUAUCGGUUGCCAAUAGCUUUGGAGUGAGUCAGGAGAUCGGUAUUCUUUCUUGCAGGAUGGGAAGUAUCUGCUUGAUGUAAUGAACCUGCAAUAGGGUCACGUUGGUAUACUGGCUGGUGACGUAGGCAUAUCCUGAUGGCCUGUAUUAGCAAGCUGACAAGGUAUGGCUAUCAUAUAAUACCUGUGUGGCUCCAAACAGAAUUUUGCUUUGGCUUUGAUGCUGACUUGGAUAUGUUUAUUUAAGCGUGUAGCUUUCAAAUUUGAUCAUCUUUGGAUGUUAGUCUCCAUUUGUUUGAUGGAAAAACUUAUAUGUUUGAAAAAUAUUUUCUCAGAAAAUGAUUUUCUCCUGUUGUUUAA